GCCCGAGAGGAGGAGGAGCCUGAAACAGGAAGACGGACGCGGUCCUCCCCUCUCCACCGUUACAGCGGGAUUUAACUGAGUCUUGCGUGGUAUUCCGUUUGUAAUGUACACCCUGUUCGCUGCCACGGGACUCUGAAGAAUAUUUAACUGGCGGUUAGCAUGCUAGCUGCUCUCAGCGGCUACAUGGCUGGUCAGCACAGCGAGGCUAACUAGCGUUAGCUUCAUCCCUCGGACCUUGGCGAAUUGGAGAGUCGUGGACAAGAAUGGCCACUUGACUCGGAUAGCCAUUUCCCGAGGAAACGAACAAUAUCCCGACGAACCACGUCACAAACGAACACCUACCUAAAUAACCGUUUCUGACAGACCCUGAAGCAUGACGGUUGUUAAUGUCGCUGUAGUUUCAACCAUGGUGCAGAAGUACCAGUCGCCUGUGCGGGUGUACAAGUACCCCUUUGAGCUGGUGAUGGCGGCCUAUGAGCGCCGGUUCCCGACGUGUCAUCUUAUCCCCAUGUUUGUGGCGAGUGACGUGGUAGAUGAGGAGACCAGUGAGGACCGAUCCACUCAUAGGAUUGAGCGGCGCUGUGCACUGGAUGUCGACGCUCCACGCCUUCUCAAACGGAUUGCUGGUGUGGACUACGUUUACUUCAUCCAGAAAAACACACUUAAUCGAAAGGAGCGGACUCUUCACAUAGAGUCACAUAAUGAGACCUUCUCCAACAGGGUCAUCAUCCAUGAGAUCUGCUGCUAUUCGGUCCACCCUGAGAAUGACGACUGGACGUGUUUUGAGCAGUCAGCCAGUCUGGACAUCAAGUCUUUCUUUGGCUUUGAGAGCACCGUGGAAAAGAUUGCAAUGAAGCAGUAUGCCAGCAGCAUUAAAAAGGGGAAAGAAAUCAUAGAAUACUACCUGAAGGAACUAGAGGAUGAGGGGAUAACACAUGUGCCACGAUGGACUCCCACCUCCCUUCCACUGCCUCUCACCAGACCAACAAGUCUCCCGACUAACUCGUCUGUUGAUUCCAAGCUCCCUGUCACACCUGCUGUUGCCGUCCCGCUGCCUGUUGAUGCCAUGGACAGCGCCUCUCAGAAUGCAAAGCAGGACAUUGUUCUGCCGGCGGACAGUUUAACUGAGAUCCUGGCCGGUACACCGGAAGAUAAAUUGGAUGCUGACUAUAUCAAACGGUACCUUGGUGAUCUGACGCCCCUGCAGGAGAGCUGUCUUAUCAGACUUCGAAAAUGGCUACAGGAAACUCACAAGGGAAAGAUUCCCAAGGAUGAACAUAUCCUGCGAUUCUUGCGUGCCCGAGACUUCAAUAUGGACAAGGCCCGUGAAAUUCUCUGCCAAUCGCUGACAUGGAGAAAGCAGCACCAAGUAGACUACCUUCUUGAGACUUGGACUUCACCACAGGUCCUUCAGGACUUUUACACUGGGGGCUGGCACCACCAUGAUCGAGAUGGUCGUCCUUUGUACAUCCUGAGACUUGGCCAGAUGGACACCAAAGGACUUGUCCGGGCUCUUGGGGAAGAAUCUCUACUUCGACACGUGCUAUCUAUCAAUGAGGAGGGUCUGCGACGCUGCGAAGAGAACACAAAGGUCUUUGGUCGGCCCAUCAGCUGUUGGACCUGUCUCGUGGAUCUGGAGGGUUUAAACAUGCGUCACCUGUGGCGACCUGGAGUCAAGGCGCUGUUGAGGAUUAUCGAGGUUGUGGAGGCCAACUAUCCAGAGACGCUGGGGCGGCUGCUUAUCUUGAGAGCUCCCAGAGUCUUCCCAGUUCUCUGGACUUUGGUGAGUCCAUUCAUUGAUGAAAACACCCGCAAGAAGUUCCUAAUCUAUGCUGGAAACGACUACCAGGGCCCUGGCGGGCUGGUGGACUAUAUAGACAAGGAGAUUAUCCCUGACUUCCUGGGAGGCGAGUGCAUGUGUGAAGUACCCGAAGGUGGCCUGGUACCCAAAUCUAUGUACCGCACUGCAGAGGAACUCGAGAAUGAGGAUGUCCGCCUUUGGACAGAGACGAUCUACCAAAGCGCCAGCAUCUUCAAAGGAGCUCCACAUGAGCUUCUAAUUGAGAUCAUUGACGCCUCAUCUGUCAUCACCUGGGACUUUGAUGUCUGCAAAGGCGACGUGGUCUUCAACAUCUACCACUCCAAACGGGCCCCCCAGCCACCACGCAAGGACCCACUGGGAGCUCACGGUAUCACCUCCCCUGGAGGCAACAAUGUGCAGCUUAUCGACAAGUCAUGGACGCUGGGGCAAGACUACAGCAUGGUUGAGUCCCCUCUGACCUGCAAGGAGGGAGAAAGUGUGCAGGGCUCCCAUAUUACACGCUGGCCAGGGUUUUACAUCCUCCAGUGGAAGUUUCACAACAUGCCGGCAUGCUCUGCCACUAAUCUGCCUCGAGUGGAUGACGUCCUGGCCACCCUGCAGGUCUCUUCGCACAAGUGUAAAGUCAUGUACUACACCGAGGUGUUGGGCUCAGAGGACUUUAGAACCGCUUGCUGUGACGUACAGAGUUUGGGUUCCAUGACCAGUUUGGAGUCGAGCCACAGUGGCUUCUCUCAGCUCAGCGCUGCCACCACUUCAUCCAACCAGUCACAGUCCAGCUCAAUGAUCUCCAGGUAGAUGCAGCAGAUGUGGAUAGCACUGUCCUACGCGGUGAUCACCUUCUACCACACCCCCUAAGCCUAGACCUGUACACCCUCCUAACUUCGGAUACAAAAAGAAACUGCGUGAACUCAUUUUCAAGGGCUGAAUUUUUUGCACAAAAGUUCAUACAUUUCAGUACUUGCCGUUCGAUCGUCGCUCUUUUAGGGUGGCUACAAGCUCUUUGGAGGCUUAAAAGAAGCAAUAUCAUCCCGGUAAGUGUGAUGUCUGAAAGGAUGGAGACACUGGAGGCGCUGUUACAUACGCUAAAUGCAUUUUACAUUCCUAAAUACUGUAGGCAAUAAUCAGAUGACGCAUGCCUCAUUCGUGAGCGUCACUGUAGCAGAGUGGAUGUUCUGUUACACAUAAACAUGCAACAAUCUUUACUAUAUUACCACAGCCCUUGGAUACAAUGUGAAUGCAUUCAGAUGGAAAACAUGUCAUUAAAACACAAUUUACUUACAUACAGCAUUUUUUUAAAACAAACUGCAGAACUCCUGAGUGGGUAGGUUUUGUGAAAGUCUAUUACUGAUGCCUGGUUAGCUGCCUGACAUUCAUGCGAUUGUCUCAUUGUGGCAAACCUCAGCAUCUCUUGAGGGCGCUAUCGUGCCAUAAACUGCAUACUUAACCAGGGUUCCACUGUCAAGAAGCAAUAACAUGAGUUUCUACUGUGUGAAAUAUUUGUAUUGAUCAUGAACCUUUUCAGUCUGCUGGGUUGUGUCUGUGUUGCUAUGGUAACUGCUCUACAUCGGUAAAUGCAAGUCCAUGCCAGCUAAAAACUCAACCUAGCUGAUUUUUUGGGAAACGGAAGACGAUUCGAAUCACAGGCACUUACAUGGUGGAGAUGCGGAAUACAAGUGAACAGUGCGGCACCAGCAUAUGUCAUGAUUAAUUUCAUAAAACAAACACACAUGCAGCAAACGUGGGCUAACUUGAAAGCUAACACUUAGCCCUUCCAACAGUAAUCUAGUGCAUCCCUGCAAAUUUAUAGAUUUUCUGUUUGUGGGAAACCCCGCCAUUUUGUGUGUAUAAUCUCCAUAAUUAGGCUGUUUACUGGUUGAAUACUGGUAGAAAACCCAUCUCUUUUAUUCUACAUUGGUAGAUGAGUUACCUGCGGCAAACUUGGACAUGUUUGAGGAGGUGCUCUUUAUAUGCAGUGAAUCAGCUUGAUAUUUACACCCUACUCACACAUCACAAACCAAAUGCCUACCUCACUCACUGUGCAACCAAAAAUAACAAGCAGCACUUGGAGCACAACUAUGUGAGUAUUGAAAUAGAUGCUUCCACACUAAUAUAUGUGCAAAACAAUACUAUUUUAUUUUACAGUGGAACUUUGUUUAGUGUCCGACCCGGUUAGCGUGUUAACGUUAACGUAAAAAAUUUACGCCACAAUUUUACAUCAGUCUGCGGUCUCAUUCUCCGGUGAGUAAUGCACUGCGUGAGUCCAACUUGUGUUCUUAAUUAAUCACAAAAUGUCCUUCCUUGUUAGCAUCCUAUUAGCAAACUACGUUUUUGUAGUUUUACAGUUAAGUUUUACAUGCAUAAAACAAUUCUAAAUGCAUAUAAAUGAUGAAUGAAAGGAAUAAAUUAACCUUUAAGGUUACUUUUACCUUCAUUGAAGACAUGACUGAACCACCACCACCUUCCCAUUUUCACUUAGUAACAUUUUGUCGUCUUAUUGAAUGGUAAAAGAUAAAAUUUCCAUUUAACAUACCUUAAAGGAAAACUGUACUUUAAAAAAAAAAAAAGAUUUUGCCCAUCAUUCACAAUCCUUAGGUGAAAUAUGAACUCAUUUCUUUCCCUUUUCUGUGUGUUCUAACGAGAGAAAACGAGUUCGUAUGAGCAUGCUAACAUUGCACGUCAUGUGAGGUACCUAUUUUGACGCUGAAGCCCUAACAAAAAAAACCCUCAAAAAAAUGCCAACAGUGUUCCAUUUACAUAACUGAUCUGUACAUUAACCAAGCUACAGCGAUAUUAUUGUAGCAGAUAACUCUACGCCUCAAGCCACUGCAACGGGACAGACGGAAGAGUGGAUACUACUGGUUCUCAAUUUGGCUACGAAGACUCAACAAGAUGCUCGUUUGCUGUCAGCAUUUUUUUUUUUUUAACCUGAGGACUGGAGCACCUUGUCUUGUGCUGGAAGACACAGCCAUCCCAAUGAAAGCGGACACUGUACGUGUCGUCGCUGUUUCUAUGCUGCUGCUGUUGACGGAAGUCGCGUUAGCUCCUGUGGGCUAUGUCAGAUCAGUGCGCCCAGGAAAGAAGUUUCGGUAAUGUUUUAAAUCAUCAAAAUACGGCAAGAUACUGUAAGUAUGUUAUCAUCAAUGGCUCAUACUAACCCGUUUUCUCUCGUUAGAACGCACAGAAAAGGGAAAUAAAUAUGUGCUCAUGUUUCACAUAAGGAUUGUGGAUUAUGAGCAAAAUUCCCCCCAAAAACGCAGUUUUCCUUUAAAAAGCUUGUCUGAAUAUAAGAAAUUGAACAUUCUUGCUCUUUUCAGCCUCCCCUGUUUUCGGUGAAGGUAAAAAUGACCACAAAUGUUGUAUCCCUUUCAUUCAUCAUAUAUGUAUUUCUAAUUGUUUUUAAAAACUAUAAAAACAUGUUUUGGAACAGUUUUGGCUUUCUGGAACAGAUUUAUUGGAUUUACAUGAUUUCUUAUGGGAAACAUUGAUUUGGUUAGAGUCUGUUUUGGUUUGUCUGACCUUUUAGAACGAAUGAAUGGCUCAAACCAAGGUCCCACUGUAAUUUAUAAUCUACAAACCAUACCUUGUGGGUAUGUAUAUUAGUGUGUAAUCCUUUAUUUCGAUACCCGCGUAGUCCGUGUGGUGCGGUUACAUCGUGUGUUCCACUUGUGUUGUUACUUUUUUGCACCGUGAGUGAGGGAGGCGUUUGUGUUGGUGUCAAAAUUGACAUCUUUAUGGGCUUGCCAAAAGCGGGGUAUCUACUGUAUUAUAAUUGGUUUGUUGCUAAAAUUCACAUCUGCAGUAACCAUCAAGGUCUCUCCUUUACGCUGAUACCAAGAUUAUCCAGUUGUACAUGUACACAAAAAUAUUUAUUAUGUCUUUUUCUCCUUUCUUUAAGAGGUUAAGAUGAAUUAUCAGCUCUCACUGAGUAGUGUUCAGGAAGAAAUAGUCCAUUAACGUGAGUGUGUUGCUUUAGUUUUCAUCAUCAUCAUCAUCAUCAUUCCCUCACCCCGAUUACAGCUAGUUUGCAGCACCUGCACAAUUGUUGCACCAAUGCUGCCAAGAUGGUGCCUUGUUGCGUUCUGGUUUGUGAAUGUGAGGUCGAUAAGCAGACGAGCCAAAUAUCUGAGAUACCUAACUGGGCAAAGUCAUCACAACUACUAUUGCCAGGUACUUCUUUUUGAGUCGUUUUUGUGUGCAUUAGGGGUGCGUGAUUGAUUCUAACGCAUAUCAUUUGACAGUGUGCUAGUAGAAAAUAUACAGUAUUGCUGUAUCGCAUGUGCUAGUUGAGGUGUGAUUCUGUUUUUGACAUACAUAUGGGGGUGAAGCAGGUUUGGUGACUGGGUUUACGAUGUCUACUAUGUAUAAGUUAAGAGCCAUUUGUCAAUAAACACCAUUUUAGCCUUGUAAAACUUGCUUAGAAACGUAGCUGCUCUUUCUUGUUAGAAACGAACCCAUGGUGACGUUAAAUGUCCUCAAAUUGGUCCUAUACAGCUUUGUGCUUGACUUGAUUGACUUGAACAUGGCUUUCCCAAAAUUGCAGUGUGUCAGGUAAAGCUUAUUUUUUGUGAGGUUAGUAAUAGUUUAGAAAAAAAACCCCAUCAGAAAUGUUCUUUUAAACAGAAAUGUGUCUGGGUUCUUAUGGGAAAUCGUUGAUAUUUCCAAAUACAGCACUUCCAUGUUGAGUUUUCCUUAUGAAGCAGUGAUGACUUUACUGUAAAUUGCCAAGAGUUGUAAGAUGCUGUUGUAAUGGAUACUUGUAGCGCACAAAAAAAAACACUCCCAAUGCAUGUUGUUUUGAUACAUAAACAUGUUUAACUCCAAAUAAAAGGUCAAUAAUUUUAGUGGAAUAUUUGCAAUAACAUGAAAUGUUUAACCUCCGAAUGAGGGUUGUGGUGUGGAUGUGUAAGAAUGAAUGUUUGAAACACAGCCUGUAAAAUGCGUGCAAAAAAACCCCCCAACCUACUGGCGUGUAUGUCCUUAACUGCUCACCUUCUAAUUCUGUUGACGACAUGAUCUUUAGUGAGGGCUCUGAUUAAAUAUACAGAAUCAGCAGCAGAAACAAGUACUCAGAGCAGACCUUACAUUUGUAAGCUGCUUCACAAAUUCAGAAUUGAAGCCAUGGUAUAAUGUAUUUUUGAAUCCAGUAUUUAAUUUCUAAGUGAGUUCAGUGUUCAGAGAUCUCCUAAUCCUGCUUCUCUGACUUCUGUUAUGUGGACGUUUUCAAAGAUCUCGUGAGGGCUAUGAACUUUUUUUGUUACUUUUCAACAUGUUUGUCUGUCUGCUUCCUGUUCUGGCAAAGUGGCAGAGAUCUUAUCUUCAUGUGGAAAAAUAAUGUAAAAACUACUUGUUUGAAUUUCGUUUUUUGAAAACAUUAAACUUGAAUUAUGACACACACAA